GCCAUGUCACUUCCCCAAUCCAUAUUUAUGAGAGCGUGGCAGAGUUGAACUCAUUUCAGCUGGAAACAUGUGCAUCCUGAGCACACUACUGCUUUUGUGGAACGUCGCUCUCUUCUGCAGAGCAGAGGGUGAUGUUCAGCUUCUGGACUACACGGCACCCUUCCAGGUGGAAUUCCAUUCAGUGAACUUCAGAAAUGUCCUGCACUGGAAACACCAUCCUGAGGCACCGGGGGGCCUGCGAUAUUUCGUGCAGUAUAAAGUGUAUGGAGACAAGCAGUGGAUUGUGUGUGAGUCGUGCCAGGCUACUCAUAAACUACAGUGUGACCUGAGCCAGGAGACGUCUGACCCACGCCAGUGGUACUAUGCAAGGGUUCAGGCACAAUCCUCCAAAGGUCUAUCACCAUGGGUCACAAGCGCCAGGUUUUACCCUCAGUGGGACACCACUUUCAGCCCACCAAAAUUCAAGCUGAAUGUGACAGAGCAAGGCAUCGUAGUCUGGAUCAGACCACCACGGACUCCUGUACACGGACAGAGGAACAGCAGGGUCUCGGUUACAAAACUGCUGAAACUGAUCUUUAGGAUUUACCUCAUUCACGAUGGCUUGGAGCAGAUCCAUGAAACCAAUAGCUGCCAGAGGAAACUCCUGAUCGAGCACUUAUACCCUCAAACGACAUACUGUAUUCAAGCCGUGACCGUCAUGCCCCUGUCUGGAAUUACAAGCCCCAGGAGUCCCGAGUCCUGCAUCAGCACCCUGUAAAGUGUCACACAGGUACACAAACUGCUACACUGGAUCUCUACAGCGGGAGAAACAUUUGAGACACUCGCCACUGUCCAUCACACAGUCCUGCCUUUAUGUUUGUCCACACAGUACACCGGGAGCAAUAGCAGGUUAGGGAAUGAAAGAACCUGCAAGCUACACACAAAAACAUCUCAUCACCUGAUAGCCAGGGACUGCUCAUUUGGGAUACGGUCCUGCUGGGAGCUGUUCAGUUCAGACCUGAAAUAAAGAUGCCAUUUUUGUUCUGACUGUAUUUAGUUUGACAAUCGAUACAGGACAUGCUUUGUUGGCGUUUUAGAGCGUCAGUUUUGAUCACAAAUGCCUUUAUCUAUCUGCAGGCACGGUUUUUAUCAUCGCCGUGAUUUUUUUCUAGAAAGUUUUAAAAGAUGUAAAAUUAUUUAAUAUAUAUAUAUUGCAAACCAUCUGAUUAAAUUUAGUCACCUUUA